CGUACCGAAAUGGUUCAUGGGGAUUUGUAGUCCAGUGUAAAAUGUUGUCCAUUCACCAAUAUGCCGUCUGGAGGUGGUGUACUACAACUCACAGAAGUCCGGGUUUGUUGUUUGAGGAGUCUGGCAGAGAGGAAGAUGAGAAUUUCAUCUGCAGAUCGUGGUGUAGCAUCAAUGGCUGCUAAAGUUCAGUUUCCCGAGGCCGUUCUGGGUUAUGAGCUCGAGUAAGUCGACACGCUACAAUCCUUUGUGAGGAGGUGCUGCAGCAGCAGCAGCAGCAGAAGCGGCGGCCGCCGCCAUCGUCAACAUUUCCUCAGCCGACGACAUCAACGGGAACAGAAUGGAGGCUACUUUCGGCCCUACGUUUUCAGCAGUCGCGCCAGUUGCAAAAGCGGAGACGUCCAACAAUUACAAACAGCACCGCAGGACCCCGUCAUCCUCCAGCACUUUGACCUACUCUCCCCGUGACGAUGAUGACAUGCCUCCCAUCAGCACUCCUCGCCGCUCAGACUCGGCCAUCUCUGUCCGCUCCCUGCACUCCGAGUCCAACAUGUCCCUCCGCUCCACCUUCUCCCUCCACGAGGAAGAGGAGGACACGGAGCCUCAGGUGUUUGCUGAGCAGCCUUCAGUGAAGCUGUGCUGCCAGCUGUGCUGUAGCGUGUUCAAGGACCCCGUCAUCACCACUUGUGGGCACACGUUUUGCAGGCGAUGUGCCUUGACUUCAGAGAAGUGUCCCGUAGACAACUCCAAGCUGACUGUGGUGGUGAACAACAUCGCCGUGGCCGAGCAGAUCGGCGAGCUCUUCAUCCACUGCAAGUACGGAUGUCGCCCUGCGGCGGCCGGCAAACCUGGUGCCUUUGAAGUGGACCCUCUGGGCUGUCCCUUCACCAUCAAGCUCACUAGCAGGAAAGAACAUGAGGUCAGCUGUGACUAUCGUCCGGUGCGGUGCCCAAACAACCCCAACUGCCCGCCGCUGCUCACCAUGAACCUGGAGGCCCACCUGAAGGAAUGUGAGCACAUCAAGUGCCCCCACUCCAAAUAUGGGUGCACCUUCAUUGGAAAUCAGGACACGUAUGAGACCCACCUGGAGGUGUGCAAAUUCGAGGGCCUGAAAGAGUUCCUGCAGCAGACGGACGACCGCUUUCACGAGAUGCAGGUGACGAUGGCCCAGAAGGACCAGGACAUUUCCUUCCUGCGCUCCAUGCUGGGCAAGCUGUCCGAGAAGCUCGACCAGCUGGAGAAGAACCUUGAGCUCAAGUUUGAUGUUCUGGAUGAGAACCAGAGUAAGCUGAGUGAGGACCUGAUGGAGUUCCGCCGAGACGCCUCUAUGCUCAACGAUGAGUUGUCACACAUAAAUGCCAGGUUGAACAUGGGCAUCCUGGGAUCCUACGACCCCCAGCAGAUCUUUAAGUGUAAAGGCACGUUUGUAGGCCACCAGGGUCCCGUGUGGUGUCUGUGCGUGUACUCCACGGGCGACCUCCUCUUCAGCGGCUCCUCUGACAAAACCAUCAAGGUGUGGGAUACCUGCACCACGUACAAGUGCCAGAAGACUCUGGAGGGCCACGAUGGCAUUGUGCUGGCGUUGUGCAUUCAGGGGAACCGUCUCUACAGUGGCUCGGCAGACUGCACCAUCAUUGUUUGGGACAUCCAGUCGCUACAGAAAGUCAACACCAUUCGGGCUCAUGACAACCCAGUCUGCACACUGGUUUCCUCACACAACAUGCUCUUCAGUGGGUCCCUCAAAGCCAUUAAGGUGUGGGAUAUUGUGGGUACAGAACUCAAACUGAAGAAGGAGCUGACAGGGUUGAAUCACUGGGUGAGGGCACUAGUUGCCUCUCAGAAUCAUCUGUACAGUGGAUCCUACCAGACCAUCAAGAUCUGGGACAUCCGGUCCCUGGAGUGUGUCCACGUCCUGCAGACGUCAGGAGGCAGUGUCUACUCCAUCGCCGUUACCAACCACCACAUAGUGUGUGGCACCUACGAGAACCUCAUCCACGUGUGGGACAUCGAGUCCAAGGAGCAGGUGCGGACGUUGACGGGGCACGUGGGGACGGUGUACGCCCUGGCCGUCAUCUCUACGCCAGAUCAGACCAAAGUGUUCAGUGCCUCCUACGACCGCUCCCUCAGGGUGUGGAGCAUGGACAACAUGAUCUGCACUCAGACGCUGCUGAGGCACCAGGGCAGUGUGACGGCGUUGGCCGUGUCCAGAGGACGCCUCUUCUCUGGCGCCGUGGACAGCACGGUUAAGGUGUGGACUUGUUAAAGGAGACCCCGUCAAUGCUGUAUCAUAGACGACGAAUGGUUACCAGCAGACAACGGUUCACGUAUCUUCAGUCCGAAGCCCGAAGAUCAAAGUUACACUCCAAAACCCAGUUGAGAUGCACUCUGUUGACCUACAGUGUGAUUUUACAGUGAUAUUUCAGAGAAAACCCGUUUUUUUGAGCAGAAGAUUUUUAAAACAAAGACAAAAGCUUCCGGAACUCUUCUGAUCCCGAGAUGAACUUGAACUUGAACCCAAGGUCCUUUUUUGAAUGCCAAAAGGAAUUCUGUGGGCCCCAGAGGAUCAUGGGUAGUCUGAUUAGUGAGCAUUAUGGGUACAGCUGAAGCGAAGCUGGACUGUUUUGCCUUAACCGCAUGUUCUCUCAGUGGACGCUCAGUGUGCCCCUGCUCGUUGGACUGAACUUCUCGUCACCAAAACGUCUUUUUAAGGAUUGGCGGGACGCCAGAAUCAUGUCAUAAGAAUUGUGUUUUAAUGCUUGUAGAUAAGUCCUUACUUUUUGCUCAUGAGAAAGACAUGAAUUUUAACCUGGACCUUAAGAGAGAGAGAGAGAGAGAGAGAGAGAGAGAGAGAGAGAGAGAGAGAGAGAGAGAGAGAGAGAGAGAGAGAGAGAGAGAGAGAGAGAGAGAGAGAGAGAGAGAGAGAGAGAGAGAGAGAGAGAGAGAGAGAGAGAGAGAGAGAGAGAGAGAGAGAGAGAGAGAGAGACCGUGAGUGACUUGGAGACACAUGGCUUUGGACUGAGUACUGAUAUUUGCAGUGUUCAGAGCCUGAGGCUGUGCUUCUCUAGGUGCUGUGGGAUGAGGGCAGAGUCCAGUGCCUGUUCGUCAUUUGCGGUUGCCAUGGCAGUAUUCUUCUCAGCCCCGGCGCCGCCUGAACAGUCGUCUGUGCUGUGCUGCCGUUGACUUGUGAUGGGGGUACUGGCUGGGUGAUUUGAAAUGCAGUUUUCUUUUCUCGUUUUUUUUUUGUUGUUCAUGUGUGCCUGCAACCAACACAUUCCCCUUGGCUGUUCCACAACCCCCCCCCCCCC